AUGGAUUUUGAGAAAAAUUUGCACCAAAGUGACAUUGUCACAUCAGCUUCAAGUGUUAUAGCAUUACUGAAUGAAGAAGAAGCGAGUUUAAAAAUAUUUGGUUUGGAAAAAUUGAAUGCCAUUGUUGAUAUUUAUUGGCCUGAAUUAGCUGAUUAUAUUUUUAAAAUAGAAGAAUUAUGUGAAGACCAAGAUUUUAUUGGUAGAGAACUAGCCAAUUUAGUGGCUAGUAAGGUUUAUUUUCAUUUAGAAAAAUACCCUGAAGCCUUAAAGUAUGCAUUGUGUGCAGGUAAAUUGUUUAAUAUAAAUGAAAAGUCUCAGUAUGUCGAAACGAUGUUGGCCAAGUGCAUAGAAAAAUAUGUAGAAAUAAGGGAAAAAGAUUAUGAAGGGGAAGGAAUUAUUACUUCGAAUAACACUCAUAGCAUUAUCAACCAUGGUGAUAUAAGUAAUAAUAACGACGUAAGCAGUGUGAGUGAUGCGCAGAAUUUUAACAUUAAUAGUUAUGUUGAAAAAAGUGGAUAUAAUAAUGACAUAGAACCAGAGAAUACCUACAGCAGAAGCAACUUCAGUUUAUACAACAAAGAGGAUAGUAGUAAUGACAAAUUGAAAAAUGAAACUGAUAUUUUUAAAGGAGAUUUAAAGAAUGAAAUUAAUAAAAAGAUGGAAUUGUUUGUUGAUGAGAUGCUGGAGAUUUGUAUAAAAAAUAAUAGUGUUAAAGAAGCAUUAGGUGUUGCAUUAGAUGCAAGAAGAUUAGAUAAAGUAGAAUAUAUAAUUUUAAAUUCUCCAAAUAAAGUUGAAAUAUUACAACAUUCAAUUACAAAUGAAAGAUAUAUAAAUACAACAAAAAAAUUUAGAAAUGAUUUUUUUAAAUUAUUAGUAAAAAUAUAUCUUUCUAUGGAUCCAGAAGAAUUGAAAACUGAAUAUAUAUAUUUAUGUGAAUGCUUAUUUUAUAUAAAUGAUUACAAAAAGGUGGCAGAAAUUCUACUGAAUUUGAUAAAUGAUUACCAUUUAAUGGCAUAUCAGAUAUCAUUUGAACUUGUAGAUUUAGAAAAUCGAAAUUUCUUAAAAAAUAUUUUAAAGCAAAUUAAGGAAAUUCUCAUACAAAAUAAGGCCUUCUACUAUGGAGAACAGAACUACUCUUGUGAAUCCAAAAAGAGAUCUUAUUUGCAUUUGGGUGUAGAUGCCACUGCUGAUGCUGUUGCGAAAGAAGAGGAAUCAUCUAGUAUUGUUCCCCAGGAAGAGGCUCUAGCCAAUGAACCCUCUUCCCAAGCAGAUGUGCAAGUAGAUUCUAGCGAAUUUGGAAGAGACACUGUACCAGAGGGAAGUAAUGUUAAUGAUAGCGGUGAAAACGGAGACGGAAGAGGAAAUAGUGGAGAUAACGACCAGAACAAUUAUGAUACAAAUGGUAUGAAUGCAGUUGAAGGCACGAGCAACAGUGGAGGUUUGAACAGUAGCGGUGUGAACAACAGCUUCGCUAAGAGAGAGGAGGAGAAAAGCAAAUUGUCUGAUGAUAUACUAAUGUACAUAAGCGAGAAUCACAAGCUGUAUGACAAAAUAAAAAAGCUGGUGUUCAUAUUAACAGGGAAAGUAACAAUAAGCCUAUACAUAGAAUUUUUGCAUCGAAAUAAUCACGCAGAUUUAAUUUUACUGGAUAGCUAUAAAAAUGUAGUCGAUUCUAGAAGUAGCAUAACUCAUCAUGGAAUUGUGAUAGCUCAUGGAUUGAUGCAAACUGGAACUACAUGUGAUGUAUUUUUACGUUCCAAUAUUGAGUGGUUAUCUAAGGCAGUUAAUUGGGCAAAAUUUUCUUCAACAGCUUCGUUAGGUGUUGUGUAUAAAGGACACGUGAAUGAUUCGUUUAUUGUUUUAUCAUCACAUUUACCGUACAAUGAUGUUUCUAGGCAAAUUGCAAACAAUUUGAAUGUAGUUAUAUCCCCAAGUGGUGUGUAUUCAGAAAGUGGUUCUCUCUAUGCUCUCGGAUUGAUACAUGCGAAUUAUAAUACAAAUGAUAAGAAAGUGAAAAACUUUUUAUUAGCUCAAUUGAAGUUAACUGUAAAUGAUGAAGUACUACAACAUGGUUGUUGUUUAGGGUUAGGGUUAGUAUGCAUGGGAGAAAAUGAUGAUGAUCAAGUAUAUGAUGAACUUAAAGGAGUUAUGUAUUCUGAUUCAGCAGUAGCAGGAGAAAGUGCAGCAUAUGCAAUUGGAUUAUUAAAAUUAGGGAGUGGGGAUUCAAAAUGUGUAGAUGAAUUGUUAGCAUAUGCACAUGACACACAGCAUGAAAAAAUUACAAGAGCAUGUAGUAUAAGUCUUGGUUUUGUAAUGUUUCAAAAAGAAAAAGAAGCUGAUGUGUUGAUUGAUGAAUUAAUUAAUGAUAAGGAUGCAAUAAUAAGAUAUGGAGGUAUGUUUACCAUAGCUAUGGCAUAUUGUGGUUUAUCUAGUUACAAUAAACAUAUAAUAAAAAUGUUAUUACACUUUUCUGUGUCAGAUGUAAGUGAUGAUGUUAGAAGGGCAGCUGUAAUUGCAUUAGGUUUUGUCCUUUGUAAUAGUCCUUCACAGGUGCCCAUGUUUUUAAAUCUUCUAAUCGAAAGUUACAAUCCGCAUGUAAGAUAUGGUGCUGCAUUAGCCUUAGGAAUUGCAUGUGCAGCAUCAGGGAAUGAAGAAGCUAUUAAUAUGCUUAUGCCAUUGUUAACAGAUACAACAGAUUUUGUACGACAAAGUGCAUUCAUAUCAUUAGGAUUAAUUUUUCAAGAAUCAAAUGAACAUGUGAAUCCUAAUUUUAAAAAGUAUAAAGAUGAAAUUAUGAGAAUAUUAUCAGAUAAGCAUGAAGAUAUUAUAGCAAAAUUUGGUGCUACAAUUGGUGCAGGAUUGUUAGAUAUAUGUGGAAGAAAUGCUAUUUCUACGUUUUUUACAAGAAGGGCUAAUAUUAUUAGGCCACAAGCAGCUGUUGGUUUUUGUUUAUUUUGUCAAUUAUGGUAUUGGUUUCCUUUAAUUCAUAUGAUCAGUUUAACAUUUUUGCCAACCUGUUUAAUUGGAUUAACUGAAGAUUUAAAAGUACCAAAAAAUUUUUCAGUUUUUUCUACAUGCAAAAAUCAGAUCUUUGAUUAUCCCUCCUUUUUAAGUAAAGAGAAAACUAAGGAAAAAAAAGAAACGAUUACUGCCGUUUUGUCUACCACUGCUAAACGUAAAUCAUUAAAAUUGAAGAAACAAAAAAGUGAUAACAAAUUAGCAAAAGAACAGAAAACUCAAGAUGAUAAUAGUUCUGUUUUAUCUGAUGGAAAAUCCAUGAAAAAUUUAGAAGUUCUUAGUACUGCGGCCACAGUAGGUCAAUCAAGUCACGUUUCUCAUGCAGAAAGUGUAGAGGGAAGUGCUAAUGAUGAGAAUACGAAUGAGCAAGCAAAUGACUCCAGCAAUUUUUCUAAUCUACACAAAAUUAAAAAGGCAGAUAGCAAGAUUAAAACUUCUGCAAAUAUUCCAUCUUCAAUCAAUAACACGGUGGAUAUGAAGAACCCAUGUCGAGUGAUAAAAACGCAGGAAAAGUUCAUCGAAUAUCAAGCUAAUAGCAGAUUCAAGCCUAUCUUGCCCUCGAGGAAAUCUGGUUUCAUCAUGCUAGUGGACACAACACCAUCAGAACCAUCUGAUUUCAUCGAAAUAAAUCUUGAGAGCAGUGCGAAAAAGGAGGCCCCACCAUUUGAGCCUUUCGCAUGGAAGGAGGAAAAUUGA